GACACGGCCAGAGCACUGAGAGAUAUCCGGUAUUGAUGUAACUGGAGUGAAUAAGGGAACCUUCUUCCUGAGCACAGACAUUGGAGCCUGUUAUCAGCAUGAACUCAUAUGUGUUAGACAAACACAUCAAUAGUUCAUAUUCAUCCUUCACUACAGGAAGCAUCAGAAUGAUACCACAAACUCCAAAAGUCUUAGACACCAAUGACUAUUCAUAAAUAUUGGGGACAUCACAGCAGAUAUUUAAAGAAGAUGGUGAAUUGGAAGGAAUAAGGCAGCAAUCAUUAUGUACAGAGAGUAAUUUAGUCAUCAAACAAGUGGACAACAUUAAUGCCUUAUCUAGUGAAAUGAUUAUCCCAGAAGAUAAACCACACACAUUUACAGAGUUUUCAAAACAUAUUAAAGAAAGGAAAAGUCUACAGUCUAACCAAAUGAUUCAUACAAAGGAGCAACCUUUCAAAUGUACAGAAUGUGAGAAAAGCUUUAGAUGUAAGUCUAAUCUACUAGAACACCACAAAAUUCACACAGGUGAGAAACCACACACAUAUACUGAGUGUGGUAAAUGUUUUACACAAAUGAAUCAUCUGAAAACUCAUAAAAAGUUUCACACAGGAGAAAAGCCGUUCACAUAUACUGAGUGCGGUAAAUGUUUUACACAGAUUAAUCAUCUGAAAACUCAUAAAAAGUUUCACACAGGAGAAAAGCCGUUCACAUGUACAGAGUGUGGAAAAAGUUUUACACUAAAGAGUCAUCUGAAAACUCAUACAAUGAGUCACACAGGAGAAAAGCCGUUCACAUGUACAGAGUGUGGAAAAAGUUUUACACUAAAGAGUCAUCUGAAAACUCAUACAAUGAGUCACACAGGAGAAAAGCCUUUCACAUGUACAGAGUGUGGAAAAAGUUUUACACGAAUGGAUCUUCUGAAAACUCAUGAAAGGAGUCACACAGGAGAAAAACCUUUCACAUGCACAAAGUGUGGGAAAUGUUUUACACAAAAGAGUAGUCUGAAAACUCAUGAAAGGAGUCACACAGGAGAAAAGCCGUUCACGUGUACAGAGUGUGGAAAAAGUUUUACACUAAAGAGUCAUCUGAAAACUCAUACAAUGAGUCACACAGGAGAAAAGCCUUUCACAUGUACAGAGUGUGGAAAAAGUUUUCCACAAAUGGAUCAUUUGAAAACUCAUGAAAGGAGUCACACAGGAGAAAUGCCUUUCACGUGUACAGAGUGUGGAAAAAGUUUCACAGAAAAGAGUUAUCUGAAAGCUCAUGAAAGGAGUCACACAGGAGAAAAGCCGUUCACGUGUACAGAGUGUGGAAAAAGUUUCACAGAAAAGAGUUAUCUGAAAGCUCAUGAAAGGAUUCACACAGGAGAAAAGCCUUUCACUUGUACAGAGUGUGGAAAAUGUUUUACACUAAAGAGUAAUCUGAAAACUCAUGAAAGGAGUCACACAGGGGAAAAGCCUUUCACAUGUACAGAGUGUGGAAAAUGUUUUACACGAAUAGAUCGUCUGAAAAGUCAUGAAAUGAUUCACACAGGGGAAAAGCCGUUCACAUGUACAGAGUGUGGGAAAUGUUUUACACGAAUGGAUUGUCUGAAAACUCAUGAAAGGAUUCACACAGGGAAAAAGCCGUUCACAUGUACAGAGUGUGGAAAAAGAUUUACACUAAAGAGUCAUCUGAAAACUCAUGAAAGGAUUCACACAGGAGCAAAGCCUUUCACAUGUACAGAGUGUGGAAAAAGAUUUACACUAAAGAGUCAUCUGAAAACUCAUACAAUGAGUCACACAGGAGAAAAGCCUUUCACAUGUACAGAGUGUGGAAAAAGGUUUACAGAAAAGUAUGAUCUGAAAACUCAUGAAAGGAUUCACACAGGAGAAAAACCUUUCACAUGUACAGUGUGUGGAAAAGGUUUUACAGUAAAGAGAAGUCUGAAAAUUCAUGAAAGGAGUCACACAGAAGAAAAUCCUUUCACAUGUACAGAGUGUGGGAAAAGUUUUAUACAUAAGAGUCAUCUGAAUAGACAUGAAAGGAGUCACACAGGGGAAAAGCCGUUCACAUGUACAGAGUGUGGAAAAGGUUUUACACAAAUAAGUAAUCUAAAAACUCAUGAAAGGAGUCACACAGGAGAAAAGCCGUUCACAUGUACAGAGGGGGGAAAAAGUUUUACACAAAUAAGUAAUCUGAAAAUUCAUGAAAGGAGUCACAAGGGAAGAAACCUUUCACAUGCUUAGAAAGUGGAAAACAUGUUUUUUUAUUAAAGUCAGGUAUCACAAAAUGCCAAAUAUUUACACACAAAUAAACUUUAUAUAGACAGUGUACAAACCUCUUUACAAUUAUCCUAAAGAGGGCAAAAAUCCCAGUUACAAAAUCUCCAUAUUGGAAGAGCUCUCUUGCUGUCCUUUGUUCCUCUAUAUAUGUGCACCUCAGUUUCUCUCAUAUCAAUGUGAUAGAAUCCAAACACCACACAGGAUUAUACAACUUUGUCCUCAUACUGACCAGUUACACAACCAUUCACCACCAAAGCACCCCCAGUGUUGUUUAUUAAUAUGCCAGUGUUAGGCGUUGUACGUUUUGUUUUACACAGGGGAGGAAAUAAUUACAUUUACAGAAUAAAGAGUCUUUAUAUGAAUAGAGUGUUAGAGAAUUAUAUAAACAAGAUCAUCAGUCUCAAAUGAUUGACAUCUGGGAGAUAUAUUUAAUGUGCACAUCAUGUGGAUAAACCUUUUCUUAUAGCAAUAGAUACUUAGCAUUGUACAUGUCUGAGUGCUAAAUGAUCUCGUUAUGGCAAAAGACAAAGGUGAUUACUCCAUUCUAAUCUUCCUGGAUCUCUCAGCUGCAUUUGACACCAUUGACCAUAGGAUUCUAAUAGAGCACUUGCAGUACAUCUGUGGUCUAGGAGGCACAGUCCUUAACUGGUUUAAAUCUUUUCUCGCUGAUAGAUCACAGAGAGUAAUAUCAGGAUCAAGCUCAUCAGCACCAACAGAACUGGCCUGCAGAGUUCCACAAGGAUCUAUCCUGUCUCCCAUGCUAUUCGCAAUUUACUUACUACCACUGAGGGACAUCAUUAACCGAAAUGGCCUAAGGUAUCAUUGUUACGCUGAUGACACACAACUCUACUUCUCCUUUGCUCCAGAUACUACAGACCCAGCAUGCCGCAUAAACAAUUGCUUAACAGACCUCAUAGAAUGGAUGAAUGCUAGCUGUCUCAAAGUGUACCCGGACAAAACAGAGUUACUUUUGGUGAGGGGACCCCGGGCAUUACAAUUAUCCCACGAUCACCCAACUGGCCUGGAGCUUGGAGGCUCUAAACUCGUUAGUUCAGCAAAGGUACAAAACCUCUGAGUGCUGAUUGACGCUGGACUAUCUUUUAAACAGCAGAUUUCCUCUGUAAUAAAAUCUGCAUACUUUCAUCUGAAAAACAUAGCCAGGAUACAACACUUAAUUCCACCGGAUGAUAUACCAACAUUAAUCCAUGCAUUUGUAUCCUCUAGGCUAGGUUACUGCAAUGCACUUUACUUGGGCCUCCCAAAAAAAGAACUCCAUCGCCUUCAGACGGUACAAAACGCAGCAGCCAGACUACUGACCAAUCAAACUCGCUCCUGCCACAUAACACCUGUUCUCCACUCCCUGCAUUGGCUUCCAAUUAAUUGGCGAACAUAUUUUAAAACUGGCCUUCUGACCUUUAAAGCCUUAAACAACCAAGACCCACAGUACCUGAAAGAGCUCCUGACACCCUACAUCCCAUCCCGUUCACUUAGGUCAGCCAACACAUCCCUCCUCUCAGUGCCAAGAAUAAGGACAAACUCAGGCUCCAGAGCAUUCGGCCACGCUGCCCCUACUUUCUGGAACUCUUUACCGUGCACAAUCAGAGAGGCACCGUCCUUACAGACUUUUUAAAAAAAAGCUAAAGACCCACCUCUUCCAUCAGGCAUUCAGUCCGCUUAUCUGACCUUCAGAAACUCCUAACUUUUAUGUCUUAUGUUGGUAUAUUUGUAAAGCGCUUUGAGUCUCACAGGGAGAAAAGCGCUAUAUAAAUCGCAAAUUAUUAUUAUAUUAUUAUAAUGUUAUAUACCAGAGGAAUUACUGAGGGGGAACUGAUUUUAUUUAAUUAGACACAAUAUCAGUAACUGGUACAUUUGUGAUAAUAAUCAGUUUAAUUUAAAUGGCUACUUUAACCUACAUGUAUACUGGGUAUGUAAUAUGUGUGUCAUGUGAUCAUAAUCAGUUUAAAUGGCUACUAUAACCUACAUGUAUACUGGGUAUGUAAUAUGUAUGUCAUGUGAUCAUAAUCAGUUUAAUUUAAAUGGCUACUAUAACCUACAUGUAUACUGGGUAUGUAAUAUGUGUGUCAUGUGAUCAUAAUCAGUUUAAUUUAAAUGGCUACUAUAACCUACAUGUAUACUGGGUAUGUAAUAUGUGUGUCAUGUGAUCAUAAUCAGUUUAAUUUAAAUGGCUACUAUAACCUACAUGUAUACUGGGUAUGUAAUAUGUGUGUCAUGUGAUCAUAAUCAGUUUAAUUUAAAUGGCUACUAUAACCUACAUGUAUACUGGGUAUGUAAUAUGUGUGUCAUGUUCUGUAACUUGAUAUUAUGUCUGUUAGAUGUUUUCAUGUUAGUUAGAAGCCACAAGAACUGAUAAUAGCACAUACUGUAUAUAUAAAGGGAACAUUAUGUGAUAAAUCCCUUUGUAUCAAGAGCACAAGUGUUAGGUAUAUUUAUACCAUUGUGUGCAUAUAUCAUGUAAUGCUGCUGUUUACUAUAUAAUGAUAUACAAUGUUUUUUCAUGCAAAUAAAAAGUGAUUGUAAUCCA